UUUACGGCAACCUUUGAGAGAAAAUGAAUUUGCUGCAAUUUUGGAAGAAAUUUCACUCGACAAUGGCCAAAGUACUGAUAUUGAGAGUGAGGAUGAAGAUGAACAAGUGAUCCUUUCAAAAGACAGUGAGGAUGACAUUUUUAAUGAGAUUCUAAAUCAAAUCCAGGCAGAACAAACUGCCGAGGCAAAUAUAUUACUGGAAGAUCCCCAAAACGGAGUUCUUGAAGAACCAUUGCGAAAAUGGAGAAAAGUUGAGAAAAUAACAGAGGUUUCACAAUUUGACUCACCAGAGGGAACAGUAGUUGGUUAUUUUGAAGAUAUAGAUACUCCAACAAAAUUUUUCUUGUCAUUCAUUGAAACUAUUGUUGAGGGAAUCAUAUUUCAUUCAAAUUUAUAUGCCGUGCAAAAAGACAAAACCCUAAAUCUUAAAAAAAAUGAAUUCUAUGCAUUUAUCGGCAUCAACUUCUUUAUGGGUUACCAUCAACUUCCAAGUUGGCGACAUUAUUGGAGUACGAGUGAAGAUUUGGCUGCACCCGUAGUUUCCAAAACUAUGUCCCGAAAUAGAUUUGACUCAAUAUUACGAUUUUUGCAUGUAAAUGAUAACUCUAAAAUCCCAGAAAACAACAAAGACCGACUAUUCAAAAUUCGUCCAAUGAUCGACGCUCUGAACCAACGAUUUCAACAGAAGCGCCAUCAAACAAUAUUGCCCAAUGAAGCCAAUUAAACGCGGCUAUAAAUUAUGGUGUUUGGCGGAUCAACAUGGAUAUAUUAAAAAGUUCUCAAUAUACCAAGGAAAAGAUGAAACUGUUGAAGAAAAGUACGAAGGGUUUGGUCUCGGGGAGAGAGUGGUUUUGUCUUUAACAGAACUAGAGUGGGGAAAGAAAAAGUACGUGUACUUCGAUAACUAUUUUACAUCUGUUAGGCUCCUAGAAUUUCUCCAAGCACAAAAAGUUUUUGCAUGUGGAACAAUAAGAGCAAAUCGGAAAGGACUUCCAUCAAACAUGAAACCAGACAAAAAAAUGAAAAGAGGCGAGUUUGAUUCACGAACCACAAUGAACGGUGUAAUUGUUUUUAAAUGGAUAGAUAACAAACCAAUAUUAUUGGCAUCUAAUUUUCAUGGCACUGAGCAAACUUCAGUUCAGAGAAGAGAUCGGAAAGGGAAAGAAAUACAGGUUAAAUGUCCAACUGCAAUUAAAGAUUACAACUCUUUCAUGGGUGGAGUAGACCAUGCUGAUCAGUUAAGAAGUGCCUACGGGAUAGACAGACGAUCUAAAAAAUGGUGGCAUAGAUUGUUUUGGGGGCUUCUAGAAAUAACGUUCAUUAAUUCUUACAUCGUGUACUGUCAA